UAUGAAUGUUAUUAUCUUUAUUUAAGCUUAAAAUACUUUUUCAAAACCAAUCACACAACGUUACUGUGACAAAUUCCGUAUUACUUAUUAAGCGUUUUCAUUGAUGAGAACUCGUUAUUGGCUAAUGUCUACCGUUAUCAGAUUUUGUGCACGAAUUAUUGAUAUUAAACAUAAAAAAAUACAGUAACACCGUCUAAUUUCCGCAUUGUUUUCUACAUAGCAACCAAUAAAGCUAAUAGAUUAUUUGGCGUGUGCGUAUCUGUAUAUUUUCAAAUAUUCUAGGGGAAUAGGAUAUUUGCAAAAAAUGAAGAUUUAUCUCAUCAGUUCAGCCUUGUGUUUGGGCGCUGCGGCUGCUUGCUUUGGGACCACUGGGCAUGAAUGUGGCGAUCUAGGUCCACCACCAUCUAUAUUGGAAAUGCCACCACCUCCAAUGCCUUCAUUUUUAGCCGCUGUGUUAGACGAUCAAUUGGGAAACAAUGAAUCAAAUUCACCGCACAGUAAUAUUCUAAUCGAAACAAAUGAGUUAGAACCGGGUAAACCUUGUAAAUCAAUGUGCGAUGUAGAUCAAGGUGUCGGAUUUGUAGAGCUACCACAGCAUGGACCUAUCAUUGAGGGAUAUUCUUUCUGGAUGUUUGUAUCCACAUGCUUAUUAGGAGUAAUGCUAGUUGGAACCAUUAUAUUAGUUGUUAUAAUGAGACUAAAAGAUAGAAAACAUUGGAGUAAAUCUGAUUACAGUCCUGAACCCAAGAAAAGUCCUAAUUUGUAUGACACUAUAGAUAUAUCACCAAAAACAUUCUGGGCUACUUUAUCUCCUACGGGCAACAUUGAUACAACUGCUACAGUUAGGCGGCCAGUACAUCAUCAUCCGCAAACUAUUGCCAAUCCAAAUUUUGAAAACGGAGCCUUCUAUCCUUAUGAUCAACAGCAUAUAUACCAACAAAUAGACACUAUUCGACGCAUACCUGAAUAUCAAACUAUAAGACCACGUGUAUCGUCACCUACAAGAAUAGAACAUCCCAAUAUGCCACCUUUAAAUCUAUAUAGAUCAAUACGCCGAAUUUCUGAUUUAGAAUCGCCUUAAACAAAGUAUAAAUGUCGUGUUAUCUUAACAUUCCACUUGAUUUACUACCUUAAACAACAAUAAGAAGCUACCAAUUUUGGUCAAAUGCUUGUUUUGAACAAAGAUUUGGUAAGAUUAGUACAGUGCAGUUAAAACUUAGACAAUACCAACUGUUAUUACUAUGAAAAAAUAUUUAAGGUUUUCGCUUUGGUAAUUUAAGGAAUAAGUUAACCACACUCAGAAAGUGCAAUUUAUUAAAAAAACCUAUUGAAAUUUAGUAAGUUUUAGGCUUGUGGAUUUCAUUGAUUUGAGUAAUUGUAAUGUACAUUAUUCAGUCCUAAAUGCAUUUAGUAAAAAAAUGUUUGAAGUAGCUUUUAACAACUAGUUUCUAUAUCAAUUUCCUUGCAACCAAACUAUGUUUAUUUAUUUUUGUAAAUACUCUGUACUUGUGAUAUAUAUUCUGCCAGUUAUUCUAGUCAUUAUUAUUAAUUAAAUAUUGUUAAUUUUAAUGAAUUAAGUACUAACAACUAUAUUUCGUACUGUACUGAAUUCUAAUUGACAAUAUUCAACUAAAUUUGAAAGAUUUCAUAAAACUUUACAAUAAAUAAUAUUUAAAUAAAAUUUGUUAAACUUAUACAUUACUAUCUAUUUUUACAAUUAUGACUAAAUAAAUUUAACUUUUGUGUGACUGUUGUUCCAAUGAAUUGUAUAUUUUGUAUUGCCUCAAUUAAGAGUUUCUAGUUUAAAUUAUUAAUUAAUUUAUCAAAUAAACUAGUUGAAAAAAUAACGAUAUAAUUAUUUAAUUUAUAAAAAAAAAGUGCUGAACUAUUAACUUUAAUAUAAUAAUUAAAUUAACAAUAAUUUUACUUAUUUAUAUAUGAAUAUUAAUAACAAUUUAAUUUUUUUGUAAAUUAUUUUUGUUUUCAACAUUUAUUUAAACAUUUUUUUAAUGUAAUUUAAAAUUGUUUUAAUCUUACAAUCAUCUUUAUAUAUAUAUAGUUGUUAUAAUUUUUUGUUAGUAAUUUUUAAUUUUUUUACAGUAUCAUUUAUAGAUUAUUUUAUGUAAAAUUGUACUUCUUAAAUGCAUACUAAAAAUAUAAAAAAUAAAAAGGAAUAUACACAGUAUUAUUAAAUAUAUUAUUUUAUUAAAUGAAUAA